GCGAGGGGCGGGCGGGCCGGCCCGUGCGGCGGAGCGGGCGCCGGCAGCGCGGCCGCGGGGAGAGCGGGUCCAUGGAGCACAACCACGUCCACCUGCACAACGGCUCCCUCCUGGCGCACCACCGCUAUGGCUGCGGCCUGGGGUACGCACCUGUCGUCUACUACAGCCUGCUGCUGUGCCUCGGGCUGCCGGCAAACAUCUUGACGGUUAUCAUCCUUUCCCAGCUCGUGGCUCGCAGGCAGAAGUCCUCCUAUAACUACCUUCUAGCUCUAGCUGCUGCUGACAUCCUGGUUCUGUUCUUCAUCGUCUUUGUUGACUUCCUCAUGGAAGACUUCAUCUUAAACAAACAGAUGCCUCAGGUACUGGACAAAAUAAUUGAGGUCUUGGAGUUCUCUUCUAUCCACACCUCCAUUUGGAUUACGGUUCCACUAACAAUCGAUAGGUAUAUUGCUGUGUGCCAUCCGCUGAAAUAUCACACAGUAUCCUACCCUGCUCGUACUCGAAAAGUCAUUGUAAGUGUCUACAUCACCUGCUUUUUGACCAGCAUCCCCUACUACUGGUGGCCUAACAUUUGGAUUGAAGACUACAUAAGCACAUCAAUGCAUCAUGUCCUCAUCUGGAUCCACUGCUUUACCGUUUACUUGGUGCCCUGCUCCAUCUUCUUCAUCCUGAAUUCCAUCAUCGUGUACAAGCUGCGUCGAAAGAGCCAUUUCCGACUGCGAGGGUACUCCACAGGGAAAACAACAGCCAUUUUGUUUACUAUAACUUCUAUUUUUGCCAUACUUUGGGCACCAAGAGUAAUCAUGAUAUUGUAUCACCUCUACGUAUCACCUAUAAACAACAGCUGGGUGGUACAUAUUGUGUCAGACAUCGCCAAUAUGCUCGCGCUGCUGAACACUGCAAUUAAUUUCUUCCUCUACUGUUUUAUUAGCAAAAGAUUUCGCACAAUGGCAGCUGCCACGCUGAAAGCCUUCUUUAAGUGUCAGAAGCAACCUGUGCAAUUCUAUACAAACCAUAACUUUUCCAUAACAAGCAGCCCUUGGAUUUCCCCAGCCAACUCGCACUGCAUCAAAAUGCUUGUUUACCAGUAUGAUAAGAAUGGAAAGCCUAUAAAAAUAUCACCAUGAAAAGGGCAACAGUUUGAGUUUCUGGAUGCAAGUUUUCAAGUGGUUACAUCUUCAGGGUGUAAUUUGCUGAAAUGGCUGUUUUGACAAGUGGUCAUUUGAUUUCAUUUCCCUGGGAGACCGAUGGCAGAUCAGACUGUUAAGAAGGGAUCAGGAGCACUUGAUUUUAGGAGCAAAAGUGAGAAGGCAAAUGCCUCCAUCUCUUACAUAGCAUUUUGAAUAUGCUUCAGAGUUCAAGUCUUAGUGUUCAGUUGCACUCAGAUGCUUUGCAUCCCAGCACCAGUGCAGUCUGAAGUCAUUGGAGGGGGGAAGCCACAACAGUGUUUAAUUACAACUUUUAAAACACAACAACCAAACCUGACUUGACCUUGCAGUUCACUAUUGACAGAGCAAAUGGAUGCUUUAAUGUACUGUGGAAGGUGCCAUUUCUGGUGUGUGCACUUGCCAAAAAGUGAUGCGUUGUUGCUGACACAAAAUACUACCACAGUCUUGCUAUCAAGACCUUGCUGCAGGAGGCAGCCUGCAAGACACAAACUGGGAUAUGCCCUUUUUGGCUCACCUGAACAAGGCUUGAGGACUGUUAUAGUACCUGUUAUAGCCUUGGCAUGGAAAGCAAUCCUGCAAGCUGCCAAUAGUGAUAUGUUUUAAUUUGUUAUUUAAGAAUGAGACCAAGAUAGGAGAGCUCAAGGGAGGGAGGGAGGUUUCUAGAGCCAAGAACAAAAGCAACAUCUUUUCCCAGCUAUUUCAGUUAUGGUGUGUACAGACUUUCAGGUGUGAGGCCAAGUCCUGCCUAAUGCAGAGAUCCCACUGAAGCUGUUCCUGCGAGGUUUGGAGUGAUCACAGCCUUCAGGUUCCCUCUUAACCAAUAAAGACUCUCUGUUAUCCCUGUGUUCAGGCCUUUAGGCAUUAACAUAUAAAAACCUGAGUCUAAGAUUUUUCUCUUGACGGUUUAUGUCCUCCUGUUGCAGAUUUGCCAUUUAAUUGUUAAAAAAACAAUUUAUGAAAUAAGUCUAUUAAAUAUCCAACAGCAGUAAAAACAUAGAUCAGCUUGGA